GUCCUGUCAAGUGUCAACCUUGUAUUUGCAACUUGCAACAAGGUGAUCAACAUAUUCAUAAUUUAACCUCAUUGCUAAAUGAGAUGUUAUUGGAGGAAAUGGAUAGUCUGUGACAGCCCUAAGAGGUCUCCAGGUCCUUUCUUUGAAUACUUAUUGUUUAGAAUUCUUAAGCUACGUUGUUUCAUGACAUUGUUUCCCAGGUAAUGGACAUCUCAGACAUGAUGCAUGCAUAUUUUGCUAAGAUCAAUUAUGGGGAGCCCGAAGCUCCCUCAUCGGCCGUGUUUGAUGAUUCAGCUGGUCGAACAAGAGUUGAAAAUACUACUGCUGCUGAUCAAACAAAUUUCAGUUUAAGAAGCCACCAUAAAAGAAAAGGGGACAAGGACUGCAAUCAUCUAGGAAAGAUUGAUGUUACAAAUGCUGACUCUCUUUGUGACAGUCAUGCAGUGAAAGUUGUGGCAGAGUCGGUAAUUUUUCGAAGUUCAGAUUUGGAAGAGAAUUCCUCGAUGGAGGUGCACAACAUUUUCAUUUGUGCUUUUCCUUGA